AAUACAAUUACUCUAGUGGCAAAUUCCAGAACUACAGUGUGGAGAAAAAUAGGGUUAGAAAUGGAUCUCGAUAAUAAAGGGUUUAAAUUUUGUCCCAGAAAAAUUAUCAAAGUAGAAUAUAAAGGAACAAAUUGUCCAGAGGCUCGCAGUGGUCAUCGUAUUGUUGCUGACAAUGCAAAUGUUUAUUCUUUUGGAGGAUAUAAUCCUGAUGUUGACAAUGCUGAUGAAAACUAUGAAAAUGGUUUAUUUAAAGAGUUGUGGAGAUUUAAUAUUGCUUCUAAAGAAUGGACAAAUUUAAGAACUAAAGGACAGACACCUCAGCUUGUUGCAUCUCAUUCAGCUAUUUUAUUGCAUCAUUAUUUAUUGGUAUUUGGAGGAACUGGUGUUCCCUUUGGAUUCAAAAAUGGUAAUACACUGCAGUUUUAUGAUAUUCCAAAUAAUUGUUGGAAAAAAGUUGCCACUUCUGGUUCUUGCCCUCCAAAGUUAUACGGACAGGCUUUAGCAUUACAAGAUGAUCUGUUAUAUGUGGUUGGUGGUACUUCAGGAUUAGAUUAUUUCUUAGAUGUUCAUUUUCUAAAUUUAAAAACGAAACAAUGGGAAACACUUUGUGCAAAAGAACAUCCUUUUGGAAGAUAUCGUCAUGAAAUUGCCAUUUACAAGAAUAAAAUCUAUGUAUUUGGAGGAGGAACUGCAAUAGAUUCAUUAGAAUUGACUCAAAUACCUACUUUUGAUUUAAAUACUCACAAAUGGGAACUGGUACAAACAACAGGAAAUACAAGAACUCCUCAUGAUAUGCCAUGCGAACGAAAAUGUCAUGGCUGUGUUCAGUUUGAUAAAGAUGUUUAUGUAUUUGGUGGUUUUACUGGAAGAGAGAUAUUAUCAGAUAUUUGGAAAAUGGAUCUGGAAAUUAGACAAUGGACACGAUAUCAGUAUGAAUUACCAGAAACUUUAUAUUUUCACUCUGUUGCUGCCGCUCCCAAUGGACAAGUUUUUAUUUUUGGAGGAAUAAGAAGUAUGUUCCACAAAAUGAGAACAAAUGAUAUGUAUACCUUAUGGAUAAAUAUUCCUACACUCAAGGAAAUCUGUUGGCAAGCUGUUCUUUAUUACAUUCCUUACUUAUCAAAAUUACCAGUUGAACAGUUAUUGUCUAUAGGAAUUCCUAACACAUUUAUCAGCAGGUUGACAUUACACUGUUAAUUUAAUUUGUCCUACAUUUGUAAUAUAUACAUGUAAAUAUUUAUGUAUUUAAAUGGUUAAAAAUAAAGUAAAAUGACUCAAUAAUUACAUCAUACAAUUCAUGCAAGAGGAAAGCUAAAACUGUCUUGAGUUUUUCUUAUAAAAUUUUAAAAUUACAUACAAUAAUAAAUUUAAAAACGUAUAUCUGUAAAUAUAAACUAACAAAAUAAAAUACAGAAUAUUUAGCCAUUUUCCAUAUUCAAAAUUAUUUGUUACGAUAUCCGAAUUGAAUAAACCUGAUUCAAUGAGCACUUAACUGGUAGUAUACACUGUAUACUCUAUAUGAUGACUUCAGGUACUAACUAAAUACUUGAUAAUUAGCUCCUGAAUGGAUAACAGGCAGUUAGGUUACAGUCCUGUAUGAAAACAUUGUAUACCAGCUUAUUUAUAAUUCUUGGGCACAUCACUCAUGUAAUCUUCUAUUGCAUUCUCGAAUGUUUGUUAACUUUGAAACUAAGGAACAUUUCUGUGCGAUUUGUUGUGUGAGUAUUUUGUUAGCAAAGAAGCUCUGUUAUGCCUAAUUGACAAUGUUACAAAGUUAUGUGAAUAAACAGCAUUUCUUUAAA